AUGGCGACAUAUCACUAUCGUAAGCUCAAUUUACCACACGAGACCCGUGUUCUUACCGUCCAGCCCGGGAAAUUCACCGAGGACAUAAUAUGUAGCCUUUCCCACAUCAACAUCGCAUCCCCCGAUGAGCCAUAUGAGGCACUGAGCUACUGCUGGAGCAAAGGCAUAGACCGGGACCCCGGUAUCGACCCCGAUGACGAGCUUCCGUGGGCAGUCUACGGCAAAGACGAAGACCAACAGCUCGUCGAGAAGGGGGGAACCCUCAAAUUCAAGGACCUGGUAGACCACCCAUACAUGGGCGAAACCUACAUCCGCUUGGGCGGCAAGAUGCCGGACGCACCCAUCAUCUGCGACAGCGUGACUGUCGUUGUAGGUGGCGAGCUGUUUCGCGCUUUAAGGAGGUUGAGAGAGGAGGACGGGGCCCCUCUGCGGAUUUGGGUUGAUGCUCUCUGCAUCAACCAGCAGGACAUUUCUGAGCGCAAUGAGCACGUCAAGAUCAUGGGCCAGAUUUACGCGGGUGCGUCGCGGACAAGGGUGUGGCUCGGCGAAUCGACAGAAAUGGACUUCCAUGCUUUCAGGACCUUAAUGGCAAUUUCGGAUGUGUUUGACGAUUUGUACAAAAAGGGUCUGUUUGAGAUUGACAUGAGUGUUCCUCAGUUUCAGUGGCUUUUUGAACAGACAGCAAACACCGAGCGGCUAGACUGGGGCUUGCUGUCUGAAAUGCUAAACAGGGCAUGGUUCAAACGUACAUGGAUCAUACAAGAAGUCGCCAACUCCAAGGACAUUAGCGUGCACAUCGGGGGUCUCAGCUUUGGAUGGACCUUCUUAUCGAGUGUAAUCCGCGCGAUCCAGAUGUACAAACUCCAGAGCACCAUUGUUGAAUGUAAAGCACUCAAAACAAUUGCCGUCAUGGAGCAGUUGAGGCAGGAGCGAAUCGACGAAUCCGCGCCAUUCUCGACCAUGCCCUUACUGGGAUUGCUAGAGGAGCUGAGAGACUUCAACGCGACCAUACCAAGCGAUAAGAUUUACGGCGUACUAGGUCUAACGGAGCGGAAAGACGAGUUUGUGGUCGACUACGCCCAACCAGCGGAGAAGCUCUUCAUAGACUUUGCCGCUAGGGAGUUGCAGGCUGGACAUAUGGACGUUUUAACCCACUGCGUCGACUCCCCCAAACCCACCACGUUGAACUUGCCUUCAUGGGUGCCGGACUGGACACGCCCCGGGUGGACCGAGCCGCUCAGAAUCAGAGGCUUAGAAAUGAAAGCUUCUGGAAACGCUAACCCCGAGCUUCUCAUUGAAGAAGGCGGCACGAUUCUUCGCAUCAAAGGGAGAAUUCUCGACCAGGUCGCUGCCAUUGAGAUGAAGCGUCGAAUCCCGCCCCCAAAACAGGCUGGGCCAAUGGACCCUGCCGACGACGAGGACGGGGAUUGGGGCAAAUUCGAAAUGUCGCAGUACGGCGGGCCAAUCUUCGAUGCUGAGCCUGAACGAUCUCCACCAAGCUUCUUCGCCUGGCAACCAGCGAACAAGGUCGCAAAAUCCAUGUCCAGAUGUUCAGGAGAUGAUGUGGAAACGGAUUGCACCGAGAGCGAGGAAGCCAUGUCUGAAGGAAAAACCAAGUGUGAGACCAGAACUCCCAAGGAUGCCCGAUACCGAUAUAUGAAGAUCAUCGAGAAGACCAGGGAAGAUGCGAAGGCUUGGCAUCUCGGUGUUGUGGACGUUGCAUUCCCGGACAAGAAAGUCACGCCAAGAACGUGGGAGAAUCUCUGGAGAGCAUUCAUGUACAACCGCACUCGAGAGAAUGAGCGCCCGCGAGAUGGAUGCGCCACCGGCUUUGAUGUCUACCUGAAGACAAUGACCCUCAUGGACGGACCCGAGGGGAUACUUCAACAGCUCCUGGCAGAUCAGAUUGAUAACCACGGAUUAUCCUUACGCGACGCCGACUCGUACUACCUGCAACAGAAGGAGAAUCUUGAGCUGGUCAUCGGAGCGAAUGCGAAGUGGAGCUUGAACAGACGCUUCUUCCGUUCCGAUACAGGAAGAUUCGGAUGGUGUGUUGAUGGUACACAACCUGGGGAUAUCGUUGCCCUAUUUAAUGGAUGUGAUUCUGUCUUUACACUUCGUGAAGCUGGUGAUGGAAUGUGGCGCAUCAUAGGUGACUGCUACAUUCACGAUCUUAUGGAUGGCGAAGGUGUGGGAUCAGAUUUUGAGGAGACCGAAUUGCAAAUUGUUUGA